AUGGCUCGCUUAGGCAUCGUUUUUACCUGUACAGCGGAAGCAUGCUCUCAUCGUUCUUCGCACACCUUCACGAAGCGUGCAUACGAACGUGGUAUCGUCAUCGUCCAAUGCCCUGGGUGCAAAAAUAGGCAUCUCAUAGCGGAUAAUCUCGGUUGGUUCAAGGAUAGCACGGAGGAUGGAAAACUCAGAAAUAUUGAGGAUCUCCUCAGCGCUCGCGGCGAAAGCGUCCAAAGAGGUUCCUUGGAUGCUAACGGCGUGGUAGAAUUUGCUGCUGAUCUUGAAGCUGGUAGAAAGUAG